AUGAUGACCCACAAGUGUGGCAUGCCGCAGGCGAGAAUCCUGCUCAUCAACGAACCGGCGGCAGUCUUCACUGAGUGUGUCGACUGCAAGAUGGAAUCCAAGAUGGGGUGCUACAUUGCCGACAUGCUCCACCCCAUCAUCGAGAAAGUGGGACCGGAUAAUUUGGUGGCGUUGUGCAUGGAUGGCGGGUCGAACUACGCGACGGCAUGCAAUACGCUCGUCCUGGAGUGGCCCCACAUUGAGGUCGUGCCGUGCGCCACGCACAUGGUUUUGAGCGAGGAGUGGGCGGCAUGGGCAAAGGGGGCGCAUCGGCUGACGGCAGAAACAUUCUGCACCCAGGUCAUGGACAAGGAAUGGUGGAAGCGCGCGGCAUACUUCGUGGAGUUGUUGAAGCUCCCUUUCGUCGUGGUGCACGCUACUGACUCCACCGCCAAAGGCAUGAUGGGCCUUAUCUACGACCAGAUGCUCCAGCUCACCGUGGACAUCAACGCCAAGCUGGAGAAAGGGGAGGGAGUUCUGACCAUGGCGGAGAAGUCGGAGGUGGGUAACAUCGUGAGGCGCCGCUGGGAUGGGAGCCUUGCAUGUGCAAUGCAUGUGGUCGGCAGGAUCCUGAAUCCCGCCAACCAGGAGGAAGGCAUCGUUCGCAAUGAUGUGGAGUGCAAGCGCAUUCCCAAAAGCUUCAUCACCCACCACUUCGAGGGUAAGACAGUUAUCCGCAAGGACGGUGAGGAGCGCCGGGCUUCCCUUGCGCAAGAGGGACUGACGGCGUUCCUCAACCUGGAGGGUCCUUUCGGCCUCCCUGAAGCCAUUGCCGACAGAGAGGCCAUGAAGGCCGGUAAGCAGUCCAUGGUGCAGUGGUGGGGUUGGCACAGGACCGACCACCCGGAGCUGACGCGGCUUGCGUGCCGCGUCCUCACACAGCCAGUAUCUGCCUCUCCAUGCGAGCGCGGCUGGGCCAUGUGGGACCGGGUCCACACUUCCCGCUGCAACAAGUUGGGAUCCCAGAAAUGCCGGGACCCCGUUUUCGUCGCGCACAACUGGAAAGUUGUACAUAAUUGGCAUAAGGGAGAUUCGGGGCUAGGGUUUCUGCCAGGGAACAUCCCUGAGCCGCUUGUCCCCGAGAGAUACAAGGAGAUUGAGGAGGGGGAGGAGGAGGAGGGUGCUGAUGAUGUGCUUGCAGAUGAGUAUGUGGAGUAG